UUCAUACUGUCGAAUUUCUCGAGACUGUUACAUUCGUGAUAAGUGAAUCCGUCUCGACUGUAGAAAUGGCAGGAUCAAUCUCGUGGAAUAAUUUUAUGGAGGAUGUAGUGAAACUACAGCAGCAUUCUAACUGCAUAUCUGACAGUUGGCAGUUGAUUUCCAGCACAGCUGACCCAGCUCAAAGCUAUCUCUGCAAGAAGUUUCAAAAACUCUACCGCCUUCCUGCCAUUAGCACAACUACGAUGCUGCCUAGCGAUGAGCAGGUCAUCGGCUGGAAGAUAGGUGACGAUGAGCAAAGUGUGGGGAACUGCUCUGCAAUGACGACGACGACAUGGUCACACGGUGACAAUAAGCACAUUGCCCAGCUGUGCAGCUGCGAGUAUCAUGUCGUGUACAGUGCCAGCUACGGCGUCCCAGUCGCAUACUUCAACCUGUGCCGCACCAACGGCUGCCUGCUUUCACUUGAAGAAGUGUGGUAUCUCCUGCCAGAGGAGGCAGCACGUCAUGACAAGUGGACGUUCGUCACUCAGCAGGAGCAUCCAGUGUUAGCAAGGCCCUUCUUUCAGCUACAUCCGUGUCACACAGCUGCCUUCAUGUCACGGGUGGGCAAGAGUCGAAACUACGUUGCCACCUGGCUGAGUGUCAUUGGGUCAGCCAUCGGGUUAGAUGUUGAUCUGUCUUAUGCUACACUGACGUGAGCAAGUGGUUCGAUUGCAACAAAAGGCCAUCUGCUAAUUCCAGUGUUUGUAUGCAACCUGUAGACAUAUAUAUAAGCUGUACAGCAAAUGUGUGGCUUACCUCGGGACAAGUAAUAGGCGAUGGUCUUCGCAUUAAACCGAGUAUUUUAUUCAGAUAAAAUAUAUAUGCUAAUAUAUCAUAUAUGUCAGAUAUUACAAACUUGAAUAUUUAGAUCACAACAAAUUAUUAUUUAUUUGCUGGUUAGGAAUUAGUGAAAUAUGUAGAUCAUAUAGAGCAUAUAUCCUGCAACUAACAUUAUAUCGUCUUUUGACACAUGAAAACCAAGCGUAGGUAUAACUCAGUAUUAUGAGUAUUUCUCUAUAUUACUUAGGCCAUAAUAAAAAUAUUGUUUAUUUGCCCUCACCCGACCGAUCUGCCAAAAAGGGGCCGACUCAAAUUUUU